AUGAAUGUCUUCGGGCACAAAGAAAGAGCGAGGGCCAACUUGUUAGAACGGGUUUGCAUUCAUUUCCUUCUCUUUUCGCACGUCGACAGCGAUACUUUCUCUUUUUUUUUUCUUUUUUCGCGACGGGCCAUUCUCGCGACGAAUCGAAAAGAGAAACUUCAGCGACGAGCCGAGCGCCAAAUCUGCCCCCGGGGCGCUCGCCGCGUUUCGCGCCUCGUGAAUUUAUAUAGUACCAUUUUCUUUUUCCCUUCUGUCAUUUUCUCACUUCCCCCUGCAUCCCCAAACAUCGUUUGCAUAUCAUUGUUUGCACGCGUAAAUAAUUUCGGAUUUUGCGGGAGUCGAACUCGUGAUUCCAGGUGGAGCCAGUCCAUCGCGCGCGGACUGGAAGCUUUCGUUUCGUUUCGUUUCAUCGCUCGGUUUCGGUGAGAAAUCGUGGUUGAUGUUUGCAAGAAACACACAAGUUUCCACGAACUGUGAAGUUCAUUAGCGACGUGCGUCAUCAAUCAUAGUCUCGGCAAAUGUGGCUGGUGAAAAGGAUACGCCAUCAUUCUUCAUUCUCAAUAUAGUUAUUCAGAGAGUUCUGGGCAGAGCUCCCCCGGCCGUUGAAUCGCCGGUACAACUCUCGUAACAGUCACGUUUCCGCUGUAUCUUCCUUCUUCUUCUUGUUUCUUUUCUCUCCUUUCUUUUUCUUUUUUUUUUAUCCCCCUCUUUCUAUUUCUCUCCCGAACGCUUUUCAACAGGCUUCUUUCACGCGUCAAAUUUUUCUGGAGCCUCGCUCGGAGGCCUAUCAGAUCCGAUUUCGGAAAAGGGAUCACGACGCGUUAUAUUAGUUAUUUGUAGGAGUCAAAGAAAAAAAAAGAGCCGUCAAGUAAAAAAGUUGGCGCCGCGAUGGAAAACAGGGAACGAGCGGAAUAUGUAUAUAUGAAGCGACUGCGCGAGCACCGUCAGCCCGAGUAACAUAAAACGCGUUUUUAUAUGGGCCGGCCUUCAAAAGAAGCCACCCGUUUGAACGCAUAGUAGGCGAAACGGGUGGCAUACCCGGAGGAUAAUUAUCGUCUCUUCUCUUUCCAAGAAUCCACGCGGCCGGGGGAAAAAGCGGCCAAGGGUGAGCGGCCCGCUUCGUUUCGUGAAUCGCUCUCGCGAUGACGUCUAUUCGCGUUGAAUUCAUCAACCAAGCUCGCGUGUUGCUUUGACAAUCUAGCGUCUCGUUUAUGCGAACUGCGAACGUUACCACCAGCUAACCUGCGCGUCGAUGUGCUGUGGAAUGUCAUUAAAAUCGGAUUAACCGGGAGAGCAAGGUGUUGAUUUUUCAAGCGUGAUUGCGACAUUCUCUGGUGAAUCGCGAGGCUUGUAGAGGCUCUUUUGUGAAUUUACAAAUGUACCGCGUAUGCUUUUUGAGACUUCGCUGUCAUGAUUGUAUGGGCAGAAAUACUUGAAUAAUAUACACACGUGGGAACUAUGUUUAGCGUAAGCAGAGAACGCAAGAGUGUUCGAACGAACCCGUUAUAUUUGUUUUUAGUCCUGAUUAUGUUCGAUCAUUUUUUAUAGUAAUUCUUUACUAAGUUAACGUUUCUAACAUUCUUUCUACACAUAUUUUCAGUUUGGUUUUAUGUAGAGUUUAUGUAUCGUAAAAUACUCGUAAAAGAUUUUCAAAAAUAUUUACACACUAAUUAAUUCAUUGAAAUUGAAGACGAAUAGUUCUAUUUCUUACACCAUUCGAACCAAACUCUCGGAAGGAUCAAAGUUUCUUCUGACUCCGUCGUUAUUUAUCUGUGACACGCGUCUGUAAACAUGUAGCUAUCUCCUGUAAAAUACAUAUGUAUCAGCUAUUCCGAAGCGAGCGACGUACCGCGUACAUAUUUAGAAGAAAUUUCCCUUGCACACGAUGUCAGCAUCCAUUCCUGUCGUACUUUAUUUAUCCAGAUUACACCCGGCCGAACGUAAAAGUUUAUGAGCAGUUUUCGUGUGAUAAAGUGAUUCCUCGAGCAUCCCUCGCACGUAUCGACUCUCGUACUGCGUGUAUCGGGAACAUCAGCUUUUUCACAAAGAGAAAGAGAGAGAGAGAGAGAGAGAGAGAUCUGGAAAUGCAGUCAGAAGCCAGAGGAAUCGUAAACGCGGCUCGCUGAACCGAAAUCUUGGCCUAGCCCCGGGCCCGUUCUGCAUAUUCGACCGCAAAACAAUAAACGCAGUCGUCCUUCCCGGUAAUCUUGACAUCGAUAAUUUCGCAGACGCGCGUGGGAGAACCCUACGGCGUAGUAUGGCCCGAGCUCAGGGCGGUCGAGGGGAACACAGCCGCGCGAAAAAAGAAUCGCAAUUUUCUCUUCGAGAUCGCGUACACACCCCGCGGCUGCAACUCCAGCUUCCCCUCCCCCAACCUUAGUUUCCUGCUCCAACCAGUGGAAGAGUUUGCUCGUCUCGAUGCGCCUGAACAGCCAGCUCAAAGAAUUAAAUGCCCGUUUAACCGAGCGUCUUUCAAUUACUUUGCAGGUUCGCUUACCCAAGGGACAAGAUACGUUGCUUUGGUGCCGCGUUCUAAGGAUGCCAAACAUUGAUCACAAACACCACGUCGUGAAGUACGAGCCGGUGAUACAACCCGGAAGUCACGAUUACCUGCAUCACAUGACUUUGUACGAGUGUCGUGGGGAUCAGGCGCAAUUGGAAUCCGCCGCGAAGACGUCCGGCAGUGUUUGCUAUCAGCCCAAUCAGCCGUCUUUUCAAUGUAACACAAUCGCGGCUAUCUGGAGCCUGGGCUCUGAGGGCUUCAAUUAUCCGCCGGAGGCCGGCUACGCGCUCGAUCCGCACGCGGGGCCACGCUACUACAUGCUGGAAACGCACUACAUGAACCCGCAGAUGGACGCGUUCAUCAGCGACAGCUCCGGCCUGCGUUUGCAUUACACGGACAAGCUGCGUACCCACGACGCCGGCAUCCUGAGCGUUGGCAUCGAUCCGAACUGGAGGCACAUCAUACCGCCUGGCCAGCCAGAGGUGGUCUCCGAAGGUCACUGCAUCUCAGACUGUACCGGGCACACCAUACCCAACAGCGGCAUCAACAUAUUCGCCGUCAUCAUGCAUACUCAUCAGCUAGGGAGGAAGGUCCGAUUGCGUCAGAUAAGGUCUGGCGAGGAGCUGCCACCCAUUGCGUCUGACACCAAUUACGAUCCUAGCUAUCAGGAGUAUCGGAAAUUACAGAAGCCCGUCAGAGUCUAUCCGACUAAUCAUAGGUGGAUGCGCGUGUUUUUGUUGCAGGGUGAUCACUUGGUGGCCGAAUGUACAUACUCGUCGAAAUCUAGGCAAGCAAUCACGCUCGGCGGUUUAACGACCAGGGAAGAAACUUGUUUAGUGUCCACUCUUUAUUAUCCUCGUAUCGAGCUGUCGCUCUGCUACUCUUUGCCUUCGUUGCCGACGGUUCUGCAAAGUUUGGGAAUCCAGAAGCUGAUGCAGGGUUCCAGCCCGGUAAAGAUUCAAGAACCGCAAAAGUUGUCCGGAAUGACGUUGGAGGAACGUUUGCUCAGCUACGACUGGGAGACUAGCUUCCAGAGCUUUCAAGAAGCUACUCGAGGCGGCACGUUCAAACCGCUUUGCUGGACGAGCAAGGGGGCGCUGCCAGGCACCGACAGUCUGGAGGUUCACUAUCCCAGGAUUCUCAGGCCGUACGAGGAGGUCAACCUGCCCUGCUCGAAGAAACCUCUGAGGAACAAACUGUCGAUGUUGCUCAGCGAGGACGAGGACAUCGGCGCACCGGUGGAUCCAGACAGCGACGAGACAAACGCCGUCGAACGUGGACAAUUGGUGCGCAGCAAAGUGUCACGGAGCAGUGACGGCCCAACCGGCGGAAGUUCCUCUACCAGAUCGGUACCGUUUCUCCUGAUAUCAUCGGCCAUUCUGGUGGCCAUCGUUGGCCACGGUACGUUCAGGUGA